UUAAUUCCCAUGUUCAAUAUUUCUUCCAUUCUCUGAAUUUCUUCUUCUAUUUCUGUACUCUCUCUAUCUCUACAGUUCUUUGUAUCUACAUUAAUUUAAUCAUUAUUGAAUUACCCAUCUUCUUCUUUCCUGUGUAUAUUCUCUCUCUUCUCCCCUUCCUUUUCUUCCACUAUUCAUCUCUCUCUCAAGAAUUCAUCAAUUGUGGUGUCACAAUCAACUAUAGAAACCCAAUUUGGACAUCUGGGUCUGCCUUAACCCACUAAAAGAAAGAGGGAGAAGAGAGAGAGAAAACAGAAGAAAGGGGAAAAAACAAAACCAGGUUUUUUUCUUCAUUGCGUGUGCUUAUGGGUUUCUUCCCAAUUCUAGUUUCUCUCUCUAAAAUCUUGCUGUGUUGGCUAUUUGAGGCAUAGGGUUAGUUUCCUCUGCCUUUUCCAGACAGUUGAUUGUUUUUGUUUGAUCACCCAAGUUAAUUAAUCUCUGAGAUAUGGCUGAUUCUUGUGAUGCUAAGAGCAAAGGUGAAGUGAGGAUUCAUGAUAGCAAAGGUGAAGUGAGGAUUCAUGAUAGCAAAGGUGAACUGAGGAUUCAUGAUAGCAUAGAUGAGCUUUGCUUGGACUUAGCAGAUUAUGUCGCUGAGUUAUCAGAGGCCGCUGUUAAAGAGAGAGGGUUUUUUGCUAUUGCUUUGUCAGGUGGAUCCCUCAUCAGUCUUAUGAAGAAACUGUGUGAACCUCCUUAUCACAAGACAGUGGACUGGGCAAAAUGGCACAUAUUCUGGGUUGAUGAAAGGGUGGUGGCAAAGAAUCACCCUGACAGCAACUACAAGCUCGCUAAGGAUGGUCUUCUCUCCAAGGUCCCCAUUGUGCCAAGUCACGUGUACUCAAUCAACGACUCACUCACAGCCGAGGCUGCUGCCGAGGAGUACGAGUUUGUCCUCCGGCAGCUCGUAAAGACCCGCACUGUUGCUGUGUGCGAAAGCUGUGACUGCCCUGGCUUUGACCUAAUCCUUCUGGGAAUGGGACCCGACGGUCACAUAGCCUCUCUCUUCCCCAACCAUCCAAUCCUCGAUGAAAAAGAUGAAUGGGUCACUUUUAUAACUGAUUCACCAAAACCGCCACCUGAAAGGAUCACAUUCACGCUUCCUGUUAUAAAUUCGGCAGCCAAUGUGGCUAUAGUUGUGACUGGUGGAGAGAAGGCAGAUGCCAUACAUCUGGCGAUAGGAGAUGAGAUGGCAACACAUGGUUUGAUCCCCGCCCAUUUGGUGGCGCCGAGCCAUGGGAACUUGGUGUGGUUUUUGGAUAUGGCAGCUGCCUCAAAGAUUGUUGAUUCUUCUCAAUCCACUGAUUCUUGAUGGUGUAAAUGGGAGAGGAGUUGUAGAUUUGGUUCAAGGAGGCGGACUUUCACGUGUGUUCUUGUUCAAAGUGUUCUUUUUAUUUUUUGCCUUUUUAUUUUUCUGUUAUGUUUUCUCAUUUUGAAAUUCUGUUUUGCCAACCCUUUUAUACUUCCAGUCUUUGAUUGUGUUCUUGUAAGAGACAUGAAGAAUAAAUUGGCCCUUAAGGUUCAGAAGACUUGUGAGUUCGCUUAAUGAUUCGUAUUUGAUUCUCAGUGUCUUCUUUUCUGUUC